GUGUGUUCCGUUAUUUUCCGGGUUGUGCUCAGUCAGCCAGGCAGGGUCUGUGGUGGUUGUACCGCUGCAGCUGCCAGCUGACACUUCCACCGAGGAGAAGCUGAGGUCACACUCGGCUGUCUCUGUUUCUCUGUCUGUGACCGACGCUGCACAUCAUCACCACCAUCAUCAUCAUGGCGGAUCAAGGCGAAUCUCCGGUUCCUGUCCACCAUCCACAACCUACCAUCAGCUGGCCAAUUACCAGGGAGUCCUACGAGCUGCAGGAAGUCAUAGGCAGUGGGGCCACAGCUGUGGUGCAGGCAGCCCUCUGUACCCCCAGACAAGAGCGCGUGGCCAUAAAGAGGAUCAACCUGGAAAAAUGCCAGACCAGCAUGGAUGAGCUGUUGAAAGAAAUUCAAGCCAUGAGUCAAUGCAGCCACCCAAACAUCGUCACCUACUACACUUCCUUUGUUGUGAAGGAUGAACUUUGGUUGGUGAUGAAGCUCCUGAGUGGAGGCUCCAUGCUGGAUAUAAUUAAACAUGCGAGCAAAGAAGAAGAUAAAAGUCUUCGAGCAUUAGAUGAGCCAAUUAUUGCCACAAUAUUAAAAGAAGUUCUAGAGGGCCUGGACUAUCUCCACAGAAAUGGACAGAUUCACAGGGAUGUGAAAGCUGGGAACAUCUUACUGGGAGAAGAUGGGUCUGUUCAGAUUGCAGAUUUUGGUGUAAGCGCAUUUUUAGCUGCGGGGGGCGACAUGACGAGGCACAAAGUUCGAAAGACUUUUGUUGGGACGCCGUGCUGGAUGGCUCCAGAGGUGAUGGAACAGGUUCGAGGCUAUGAUUUCAAAGCAGAUAUGUGGAGUUUUGGAAUUACAGCGAUAGAGUUAGCAACAGGUUCUGCACCCUAUCACAGAUACCCUCCAAUGAAGGUUUUAAUGCUUACCUUACAGAAUGAUCCGCCCACUCUAGAGACAGGUAUUGAGGACAAGGAAAUGCUCAAAAAAUAUGGAAAAUCUUUUCGAAAGCUUAUAACUACGUGCCUUCAGAAAGACCCUGCAAAAAGGCCUACAGCCUCUGAGCUUUUGAAGUGUAAAUUCAUCCAAAAGGCAAAGAACAGAGAAUAUCUUAUUGAAAAGCUUUUGAGUCGUGCACCAAAGAUAUCUCAAAGAGCAAAGAAGGUGAGGAGAGUCCCAGGCUCCAGUGGCCAUCUGCACAAGACAGUAGACGGGGACUGGGAAUGGAGCGACGACGAACUGGAUGAGGGCAGUGAGGAGGGUAAAGCAGCAGUGAAUCAGGGCAGGUCACGAAGGGUCAAAUAUGAGGCCAAAGACAAUGAGGAAGAUGCCAACAAUGUCCCUAUAGAAGGCUUGUCUGUACAGCAUCCCCAGGUGGAACCAUAUGAGAAUACACCCUUCAUUCAAGGUGCUGUGAACAUGGUACUACGGCUACGGAACUCCAAAAAGGAGCUAAAUGACAUUCGGUUUGAGUUCACCCCUGGGCGAGACACUGCUGAUGGCGUCUCCCAGGAGCUUUACUCAGCCGGUCUGGUGAAUGGACUCGAUGUCUUAAUUGUUGCUGCUAACCUUCAAAAGAUUGUAGAUGACCCAAUUACCUAUAAAGUGUUGACCUUUAAGCUGGCUUCAGGAUGUGAUGACACAGAGAUCCCAGAUGAGGUGAAGUUGAUCGGCUUUGCGCAGUUAAGUGUUAGCUGAUGUUCAUCUUUGAAGCAGAUGAGUCAGGGAAGACAGUUCAGGGCAGACAGACUGAGGAACACACCCCAACAACCAUCACUUUCUGCUAUAUCUUUCUCAACUCCCUCCCAGAAAAGCCUUUCUUUGUCUUCCGUCCUCUGCUCUUUUUGACUUUCCCAAAGCUCUGUCAUCGCUUUACCACCACCUCUGCACCGUCGACUUCCCUGCUCGCUGUCCGUUGACCUCUAACCUUAACAUUCCAGCACCCAGCGCACAGAACAGUACCAGGAUACAGCCCAGGAACCAAAAGAUGUACUCAGAUGGUGAAAGAAGGUGAUAAAUAUGUAGCUUUGAACGUUUUAUUUAUUUUUUCACUUCCUUUAAUUUCCACUGCAUUACAGUUAUUCAUAGCAAAAAUCAAAUUAUUUAUUGAAAUAAGAUGAUAUUUAAAAUUUUAUUUUUCUGUCACAUUGUUUUGUUUCCACUGUGAAAAUAAAUGUCCUCCCACACUUAAUGAUUUAUGAAAACUGCUUGGGGUUUGUGUCAGAAUGUAAGAAUCGGUAAACAUGUAGACAUAAGCACAUUUUUAUAAUAACAUGAUGAAUGUUUUAAAAUAAAACACCCAGAAUGAAUUGUUUUAUGUGUUCAGACCUGUUCCACGAAAAAUGGAAGUGUUUGGUUGAGUGCAGCGAAAUAAAUGAGACCUGGAUGUUACUGUGCAUACUUUGCUGCUCUCAACAGUGUUAACACUUCAGAAAAUGUUUGAGGUGCCUUGUUCAUUUUUCUGUGCCUAAGAAAGUUGUCAGUGAGUGAGACGACACUGAGAGCAGAACUUGCUGAUUGUCACUUCAUCAAUGCAUUCCCUGCAAUGAUUUAGUUCACAUGUGCAGUCCAAAGACUGCCCAAAGAGGGAAAAUGAAAUGCACUUUUGAGUUGGGAUGCACAGCCAACAAACUGACUCCUUAAUUUAUGUGCUUUCAGACAAAUAAAACCCGGUGGAACCUGCAGUUGUAUGCUCUUGCUCCAAUUGGUGUCUAUCAGAUGCCACAAUCCAGCACUGGGUUUUUCUUUUUGUUUUGUUUGAAUAAGUAAAGUAGCUACCUAAUUGUACGACAUCAAAAAAAUGUAUGACAUUAAAAAAUGGAACCAAAUAUCGUAUGCUGAGUGUGAAGAGCCAUUUGUUUGUCAAAACAAAUCCAGUAGCACUAAAUCAUUUUAGGUAUAAAAGUGUUAAAUAACUCCUCUAAAAAUGUUUAUUUUCUGAAGUAAAUUAUUGUUUGUUUUUUUUAUGUACACUGUGCAUCAUUUCAACGUAUUAUCCAUUUCCCUUCUCUGUAAUCAGCUAAUGUCAAAUUUCUGAUAUGAAGCAACAAAUAAAGAAUAUUUAAGAAAUGCG